AUGGCGGCUUUUCUUAAUCUUCCUGCCGAACUCGUAGAUACUAUCUUCGAGCGAGUGUCGUUCCAUGAUCUUGCCGCUCUGAGCCUCGUGAGCAAGAAGCUGCAUGAAUUCGCAACGCCGCAGCUUUACUUGUACAUUGACCUCAGCAUCUAUCGAGGGAGCCCGCGCCCUAUAAUUCACCUUACUCGGAGCAUUUUCAACAACCCUGAGCUUACGAAGCAUGUUAAAUCCGUGCGUUUGCGCGAUGGCGAUGAGAAGAUUCAAAAACUUUACAGAGGAUACUCUUACGACGAAAGUGUUCCUAAGGUCUCUCCCCCGCGACCGACAGACGAGGAUGGCAUGCCAGAAUUUAUUGAAUUCAUUAAGAAGACCGGUCUAUCGUAUGCCCAUCUUUGGAUAGAUAAAUUGCGUAUAGCCGACUUGAACGCUUUUGUCGCACUACUACUUUCACGCUUGCCUGACCUUAAGAGCUUUCGCAUUGGAUACGCAGCAGUCGUACCCUACGUUGAGAGCUCAGGUCAAAGGAACCCCCCAAACAUCGCAGGCGAGAACCAGUUUCUCGUAAGGACGCACGCUCUUAAAACCCUAUGCUGGAAGUGGAAAUGGAUACAGGAUACUCAUCCCCUGAACACCGAUACGAUUGAUCUUAAUAGAUUUGUCGAAGCGGUGCAACCCAUCAGGGAUACUCUCGAGGACCUCACUAUUGGUUUUGAAUUCGAUGACAUGUCUUGGGGUGGUAUUGAACCCGGAAUGAUGAAAGCCUUGGGAACUUUGCACGGCCUCGAAGGCUUCGCCAACAUCAGGCGAUUCCAGGCCCCUCUCGGGGUAUUGCUCCCUGACUGGGACUGGGAUGCCGGGGCAGAUCCGACCAGACGACUAGAAGACAGCUUGCCUCGCAACGUUGAGGUAGUGACGGUCACGGAUGCGUUCACGUCAGAUUAUUACGCAUACGACGAAUAUGAGGAAUUGGACUUCGUCCGAGCAUGGCUACUCGAGACUGCAUCGACGAGGACGCCACGGCUUAAGGAGGUGUGUUAUUAUCUUGAUCGCAAUGCUUCCGAGUUUGAGGAAAAGAAUUACGAACCGAUUAAGCAAAUCUUUGAGGGAACGAAUGUGAGAUAUAGGAUUAUCAAGGCGAGGGACGAGAAGCCGUGGGAAGCCGUGUGA